GUUCUCUCUGAACUACUUCCGCCGUCGAGGAAACCGAAGAAGAAGAAGCGGAAGUCAACAAAGCUCCGUGUGUCCCUGCGCUGACAGAAUGGCGGAGGAGGAGGACGAGGCCGGGUACGACGAGGAGUUGGACGACGGGUUCGGCGACGGGUCCGGCGACGUGGACGCCGGCGGCCACGGGAAGCGGAAGCGGCUCUUCUCCAAGGAGCUCCGGUGCAUGAUGUACGGCUUCGGGGACGACCAGAACCCGUACACGGAGUCCGUGGACAUCCUGGAGGACCUGGUGAUCGAGUUCAUCACGGAGAUGACCCACAAGGCCAUGUCCAUCGGGCGCCAGGGCCGCGUGCAGGUGGAGGACAUCGUCUUCCUCAUCCGGAAGGACCCCCGGAAGUUCGCCCGAGUCAAAGACCUGCUGACCAUGAACGAGGAGCUGAAGAGAGCCCGCAAAGCCUUCGACGAGGCCAACUACGGCUCAUAACACACCCGCUUGUCUUAUUUACCACUUCUAAUUUGGCUGUUCCCCCCCCCCCCCGUUUUAAAUUGUUAAACUAAAAUGUUAAAUUGCUUUGUUAGUUGUUAUGGUGUCUGUGUCAAUAAAGUCUCAUAUCUGUUCAA